AUGGGGUCCUUGCGAGUCGCAAUAUCUGGCGGAGGCCUGGCCGGAGCGUCGCUCUUCCACGCGCUUACAAGACAAGCCCAUUUGGAUGUCCACAUCUUCGAAUCUGCUCCGGAAUUCAGAGAGGCUGGGGCCGCAGUCGGCAUCGCUAACGAAGCACAGACUGCGUUGCGGCUUAUCGGCCCAUCGGCAGUAGAGAGCUUCCAGCGAGCGGGCGCAGUCUUUCAGAAAGGCGCUCACUUGGUGUUGGCUCAAGGAUCAAACGCUGGAGAGACGGUUGGACGUAUUGGAGGCGACAWGAAUGCUACCGGAAUCGUUCAUCGAGCCGAGUUUCUACGAGAACUGCUUGCUCGAGCUCCAGCGGACCGCAUGCAUGUUUCAAAGAAGGUCGUCAAAGUCGAACAGAAUGAAGACGGCCCGGUCACCUUGGAGUUCUCUGACGGUACCAGCCAUGAGUGCGACGUCCUUAUUGGCGCCGAUGGUAUUCACAGCUCGGUUCGGAAAUAUGUCCUCGGUGAUGACCCUGCUGCAUCGCCCGUGCCUGCCGGAUGGUGGCUCGUACAAGUCCUGAAGCCAUACGACGAGGUCGCUGCCCUUAUGAGCAAGUCUUUCCUCGACACCUACCUCAAUCUCAGCAGUCCGGGCGAGGUCGGAUGGAUUGGAGACGGCACUCUAAUCUUCCACAGUCCUUUGAGCGAGGGCAAACUGGUCCAGUUCGUUAUUGUAUCUUGCCACGACGAGGCUUCCACGGAUUGGCAAAAGGUCGUCAGCUCCGAGGAGAUCCGCGAGAAAUUUUCGGAUUGGCCAGCCGAGCUCUCAAAUGCUGUGGAUAAACUGAUCUGCACCGCCGAAGACUCGCACAAUGCCGUAUGUUUCUGGCAGCAUCUGCCUGCUAAAACCUAUGUUCGGGGAAAUGUAGCUGUUACAGGCRACGCUGCACAUGCGACCACGCCGUGGCAAGGUUCCGGUGCUGGCAUGUCCAUCGAGGACUCAAUGAUUCUCGCCACUCUGUUAGAGCGUGCCAAAUCUGCGUCUGAGGCACGCGUAGCCCUGCAAGUUUUUGACUCGGUCCGCCGAGAGCGCACUCAGAGAGUCGUUGAGUCCAGCAAAGGCACAGGCCGAAUGGUAACCGGUCAGGAUCCAGAGACGAGAUUGAAUGCGGCCAAGUUACAGGACGCGCUUCGGCAUAGAUGGGAUUUCCUCAUGUACUUUGAUGUUGAAGAACACCGAGAUGAGGCGUUGCGUCAGAUGGAGGCUAAGCUGAAAGUAUAG